AUGGCGGCAGCGGCGAUUUGUGGUUUAGCGGUCGGUGCUGAGGCCACCGAGUCGGCGGUGACCGGCAAAGGGGGUAAUGAGGAGUUAUCUAGGGUAACAACCGCUGGUGACAUCGAGAAGCUGGCAGACCGCCUGAGUGGGAUCCGCCAGCAAAUGGACGUCGCUCUGCUAUAUCUGUUGUUGCACCAAGCCGGAAAAAGCGGAGUUGAGUUACGCCAGUUUGCGAAGCAGCAAGCGAAUAUGAUUGCCACAUUGGGUCGGGUCGAUAGUACGACCAAGCAAUUCAGCACCGAUAUCGUUGGCCUCAUCGACAGUUGGCCCGUGGACAAUCGACCUGACGCUGAUAAGAUGGUGCUCUACGUGCUGAGCGACAAGUGGGAUGCAAGUGAAUAUGCAAAACGAACCCAGUUCGACAGCAACAAAGACAGCGACAAAGGCGACAAACUGUGCCAGAGUCUAUACUUUGAGUCCAUCAGCCAUCGGGAGAUAAGUAUUUCUAAACGACACGCGGCCACCUUCGAGUGGAUAUUCCACGAGCCACAGACGUCCGAAGACAGCCAGCAGCUCUGGUCAAGCUUUCCGCAAUGGCUACGCGAGGAUUCCCAAAGUAUUUACUGGGUCACUGGCAAGCCAGGUUCUGGGAAGUCCACGUUAGCCAAAUUCUUCGCCUAUGACCCAAGGGUUGCACAAUUGCUGCAAAAUUGGGCAGCCGGGUCCCAGCUGCUUGUUGCUCGCUUCUUUUCCUGGGCGUCAGGAGCGAACAAGCUCCAAAAGUCCCACGAGGGUCUCUUUAGAACACUUCUCCUUGAGGCAAUUCGGAAACGGGCGCAGCUGGCCGUCGAGAUCUUCCCUGCGAGGAAAGAUAUCAAGUCCUUUGUCCAAGCACAACUUGAGCUCAGCCCGGGUUAUCACGAAUUUGCCGCCACCAGCCCACAGACCGCUCGCAACAUCAUCACCGACAUCAUCAACAAAGCACAGGGCGUCUUCCUCUGGGUGUCCGUCAUUUCGGGGAUUUUAGAAGUUGACUUCCGGGAAGGGGCCAGCAUCACGGCUUUGCAAGCGGUCAUCGAUAAACUUCCAAGCGAGGUUGCCGACUUGUUCCGUUACAUCUGGGACCGAACUGGCAAGCGUUUCCGCCCCGAGGCAUCGCAGCUUUUCCAGGUCAAGAGCGUUUGCCACAAGCUUGGAAUCUCUCUACCUGCCCUAACACUCUGGUUUGGGGAUAAGGAAAUUUCGGUUAACCUCGACGCCGCCGAAGUCACGAGCCAAUACUUAACCGGUGCCAUCGGUUCUCUGGAACGGAAACUAGCGAGCCGAACAGGAGGCUUAUUAGAGCUAGUGGCCAUUCAAGGCAACAACAUCGGGUUCAUGGAGAGCAAUCUCGUGGAUUUUAUGCACCGGACAGUCAUGGAUUGGGUCCGCGAGAAUUGGGCGAGCAUCACCGCGGCAACCGACCCUGACUUCGAUCCUCAAUCCUCGAUUGUCAAGGGGUUAGUUCUGGGCAUUGUCCUCACUGCUGAGCCAAUUGUUUCGGGCUCGCUUGGGCAAGGCUGGUUUCACGGGUAUUCCAAGCUGCCUCUAGCUUUCCGGAUGACCACCCAGAUAAAAGUGUUCUCGUGA